GUAGGAAGAUGGCGGCGGCCCCGCUGUACUGUGUCUGCCGGCAGUCUUACGAUGUGAGCCGGUUUAUGAUCGAAUGCGACCUCUGUAACGACUGGUUUCAUGGCAGCUGUGUCCAGGUGGAGGAGCACCAUGCGGUGGAUAUUGAUGUUUACCACUGUCCUAACUGUGAACCCCAACACGGACCCUCCUUGAUGAAAAAGCGCAACAACUGGCACAGGCAUGACUACACCGAGCAGGACGAUGGCACCAAGCCAGUGCAGGCUGGCACCUCUGUGUUUGUCAAGGAGCUCCAGAACAGGACCUUUGCCAGUGGGGAUGAGAUCCUGCAGUGGAUGCCUGGGGAGCAGGUGACCCAGAGGUACCUGGAAAGCCACGGCUGGCAGUACCCCAUCGCUGUGUCCAACAUAGAGGGACUGGGACUCAGGCUGCCUCAACCAUCCUUUUCUGUCAAAGAUGUGGAGCAAGUUGUCGGCGGUGACAAAGUCAUUGACGUCAUCGACGUGGCCAGGCAAGCAGACAGCAAGAUGAAGCUGAAAGAGUUUAUUAAGUAUUUCUACAAGCCUCAUCGGCCCAAGGUGCUCAACGUUAUCAGCCUGGAGUUCUCUGAUACCAGGAUGGCAGAUCAGGUGGUGGUACCUGACGUAGCUCAGAACAUGUCCUGGGUGGAGAACUACUGGCCAGAUGACUCCUUCUUCCCCAAGCCCUUUGUCCAGAAGUACUGCCUCAUGGGGGUUAAGAACAGCUACACUGACUUCCACAUCGACUUCGGCGGCACCUCUGUGUGGUACCACGUUCUCUGGGGUGAGAAGGUAUUCUACCUGAUCAAGCCGACCCAGGCCAACCUUGCACUAUACGAGGCGUGGAGCUCCUCCCCCAACCAGAGUGAAGUGUUCUUCGGGGACAAGGUGGACAAGUGCUACAAGUGUGUGGUGCAGCAAGGAACCACGCUGCUCAUCCCCACAGGAUGGAUCCAUGCCGUCCUCACCUCUCAGGAUUGCAUGGCGUUCGGAGGCAACUUCCUCCACAACCUCAACAUUGGCAUGCAGCUCAGGUGUUACGAGAUGGAACGUCGUCUGAAGACUCCAGACCUCUUCAAGUUUCCCUACUUUGAGGCUAUCUGCUGGUAUGUGGCCAAGAACCUGCUGGAGACCCUGAAAGAGUUGCGAGAAGACAACUGCCCGCCCCAGACCUACCUAGUGGAGGGAGUGAAAUCUUUAAUCAGUCCACUGAAAACCUGGCUGAAGAGAGAGGUUACGGAGCCCACCAGCGAGGUCCCGGACCAUAUCAGGCCCAACCGUCUCAUUAAAGAGCUGACCAAGGAAAUCCGCUACCUGGAGGAAGACCAGGCCAGCAGUGGUGGCACCAACAAGCCAGUAAAAUCUCAGGGAAGCGGUGGAGGCCAGUGUCCGGCCACGCGCUCCACGCUGGAGAGGGUGUGCCCGGCCCGUCAGGCGCGGCGGGCAGCCCGGAGGCUCCGGCAGGAGCAGGGCCCUAAGGUUCCCUCUAACCUGGAGAUCCUGGAGCUGCACACCAGAGAGGUGCUCAGGAGGCUGGAGGUGGGCCCUCUGGAGGAGGACCCUACCUUCUGUCCCCCGGUGCAUGGGAAGUUCAACAUGGUGUCCACCGCCUCUGCCGCUGCUGCUGAGAACCCAGACACACACCUGCGUCUCACGCUGCACAACGGACGGAUCAUCCGAGACGCGAGGAGACCAGGUAGUAGCACGGCUAGCAGCCCAGUGAAGGCUGGGAGUGAGAGGUCGUCUGUGGGCCAGCUGAAGAGCAGAGAGGAGAUGAAGACGGAGUCAGACCAGGAACGACAGCACAGCACUAUGGGAGGAGAGGAGGAACCAGGACACCUCAGGGGUAUUGAGAGGGUUAAGACUGAACUCAGGGAAGAAGCCUCAGGACACUCCGAUGUGUCGGACUCGGACAGUGAUUCCAACACACAGCAAAACACCUCUUCUGAGGAAGAUUCAGGAAGCUCCCAGAGUGAUGAUGAUGAGGAGGAGGAGAGGGGCUCAUCCCAGAGGGCUGCGGGGCACACCAUAGAGCUGGACCAAACAGACCUGAACCCCCGGCACAAACACAAGCCACUCAAAAGAGAACGUCCUACCUCACCCAGCACAGAGGAGGCCAUUCAAGGCAUGCUGUCCAUGGCUGGCCUGCUGUGCCCCUCCAAACCAGACGAGGCCGCCACUUCCCAGGAGCCGUGGUGGUCCAGCCCGAGCCAAUGUUCGCCGGAGUGCCGAGAGCAGCACCAAUGUCGUUUGGUGGGGGACAAGAGCCCCAUGGACAGCCAGGGCAACAGCAGCAGCGAGGCCUGGGACAAUCGGGGGCCCCUCUCCCUUGGGGCACUGAGCCAAGAUGCCAGCCCAGAGGCCGACAACUACCAGUACUGUGAUCCCUCAAUGUCUCCCCCUCUACACCCCUCCAAAAGACACGCCUCCAACUCCCCUCCCGUCAGCAACCAGGCCACGAAAGGCAAGCGGCCCAAGAAAGGAAUGGCCACGGCCAAGCAGAGACUGGGAAAGAUUCUGAAGAUGAACCGACACAAUGGCGUCUUUGUAUAGAGCUCUGAGGGCCACAGGCAGGGCUAAAGGAGGGUAACAGGCCCCUGUCCUCAGAUCCAGAUUAUUCUGUACAUUUAGUUGACACACCUUUUUGGCCUGGAGAAAUCACUGCCUGUCGAAAGGGCCCAUCUGAGAGACUUGUUGUUAUCAGACACACAAACGAACAGGCUUACUGUGCAUGCUUAGGACCACAGGGUAUUGGAUUCACAUGAGCAAGCUACCAAUCAAGCGCACAGCUUCACUGCAAGCACUCUAAAACGUAAUGGAGAAGAAGGGGGGAAAAAGCAUGUUGAUUACUCAACUUCAGGGAAACUUAGAGAGAGUUCCAGUGGGCAUUAACGUGUCAUGGGGAAGUGUUAGAUGUCUGGAUGAGGUAGGAAUGAGGUCUACAGUACAUCGCAACAUUGAAGACAAAUCUUCAGCCAAUGUUAAUGACGCACGUAAGCCAAUGCAGGCUGCGUGAUGUCCCACCAUCUGCAUCUCCCAGCGCUGCCUUCCUUGAAUAUCUGCAGCACUAUGAACUGGAUGAGACCCAGGACAAGAUGGAAGUUGGGAUAGACAGGCUGGCAUUGACCCACCUGGCGCCGUGUCUGGGCUCUCUCCAGCGGGGUCCUUUUUGGCCCCGAGGGAAGAAAGUGCUAAGCUAAUUUUUCGAAAUGGUGCUUAAUGUUUGUACGUCCUCCAUGCUCCCAACUCCCCUUAUCUCAAUCACACCAGCAAUAAUGACGUUGAGAGAAGUUUUGAGGCAGCACUCUCUUGGUUAGCAUUCCCUGAUACAUUGUCAUCUAUUGAAAGACGAUUGCCGAAUUUAUCAUUGCACUGUUUUUUUUGUGGGGUUUUUUUUUUGGGGGGGGUCCCCAUCAGGUUUAAAACAAUGACAUUUUAACCUGUCUGCAUUAGUUCAUCAUAAGUUUCUCUAUUUGAAUUUCACAUGCUUUAAUGCUUGCUUGGUCAUACGAAAGCCAUACUCCACUAUAUAGAAUCAAAAUGAUUUUGAUGCCCUCUGAUGGUCAAAGGGAGACUAACACAGAGUGCUGCCUCAAUAAGAAAUGUUUUAUAGUGUAAGUUGUUUACUUGGUUGAAAAACAACUUGUACAAUAUCCUGCUUAAUUUAUUUCUAGUUUUUUUUAAAGUGAUUUUAAUGUUAUUUUUUUAUGGUUUCUGAAUUAUGUAUUUAUUAAUUGAGGUGAAUAAUGAUUUUAUUAUAUUUUGGCCGUAAACCUCGGAUUUUCUUCGAAAGGGGUUUAUUUUUGUUCUCUCAUGAUUAUUGUAUAUGUGGACAUUUUAGACUUCAUGUGGUCAUGAUAUAUUGUGUAGGUCAGUAAGAUAAUUUCUAACUAAAACUUUCUUCUCAACUUCUAUUCUGUCCAAGUAGGGCUUCUUAACUUGAUUUGAACCUAUAUCUCUUCUGGUUUCCAAAGGUUAGUGGGGUUGUGUGUUAAGAGAAUGGGUAAUACUGUGACUCCAAAAGGUUACCACCCCUGCCCUGCUACACCUAUAGACAACGUCAAGUAGGCUAACGAAAAUCUUUGGUGGUCCUUUUAAUCUGAAGGGGUUGCGCAAGUUUUUUUAUGGGGGGGGGGAUUCCUAUGAUAUGGUGCUGAAGUGAGUGUGUGAUUUGAUUUUGGAAUUGUAGUUAUUCACUCUCAGGGAAUGAUGCCACAGAUAUGACCUCUGAUUUAAUCACCAGCUACAUUAUGUACACUACUAAGGCAAGUUCUUCCAACCAGACUCCUGUUCCACUUCUUUCUCAUCUAACUAAGCAGUUGUGCUUUUGAAUUGGUCCUUUUAAUCUGAAGAAAAGUACAUUUUGAAGGGGGGGGGGAUUGUACCAUCUCUGCUCAAGCUCUGCCUAGCUACUUAACAAGUGUAACUCUACAUCCAAGACAUUCAAAAAAUGUAUUUUGACAGACCCCCUCCCAAACACCACUUGUACGUGUUGAGCUAAAUGCUUGUCCCGACAUCCUUAGACACCCACUCUCUAGUCUAGAGUAUUUCACUAAAUGACAUCGACUUACUUAGUCGCCAAGUAACUUUAAUAGCACCCUUUGAACAGUAUCUGACUUGAAAGCUGUGCUAUGAUUUCAACUUGCAGUGCACCAAACCUUGGUGUAAUUGUGGUCUAUCGCUCAGCCCUUAAUGAGAUUUCACCUAAUGACUAAGAUCACACUACUUUAAUGUCUUCCCUUCCACAGAAUAGUGUUGAAUCCUAUUGCCAGACAUUUCCACCUUAACUCUUAUUGCAUGUUGAAGUCCUCACCACUCGUCUGUGUAAUAAGCACAAGAGCUAGCCUGCAGGCAGGGUUUGUUAUUAGCAGCAGUUCUCAUUGUACAGUAUUUCCUGUAAACUCUUACAUGCAAAUCUAUUUGCAUAUUUUUUUCCAUCAAUGGUCAUGUUUCUUCUCUGUGCAUUAGUCCUUCAGAUGGUUUGAACCAUAAACACUGGCUUACUGUGACAAUGUUACUUAAUGCAUUGACUGUUUCAGCAUUUCAAAAGUGACCUGUAAAUAUAAAAAUGAACUGAU